GCCUGCACCCGGUCCCGGCUCCGCCCCGCUCCACUCAUCCCAGUGCUAUCACUGACGUGUCUCUCGGCGGAGGAGCUGCACCCCGUUGCUGGCUGAGCCGCGGGCAGCGUCGCCUCGCGCGGAGCGGAGUGGAGCCUAAGCAGGACCCGGAGUGGAGCAGCCGCCGCCAUGGCGAUCAAGUUUCUGGAAGUCAUCAAACCCUUCUGUGUCAUCUUGCCGGAAAUCCAGAAGCCCGAGCGAAAGAUCCAGUUUAAGGAGAAAGUGCUAUGGACCGCUAUUACCCUCUUUAUUUUCUUGGUGUGCUGCCAGAUCCCCUUGUUUGGCAUCAUGUCUUCAGAUUCUGCCGACCCUUUCUAUUGGAUAAGAGUGAUCCUAGCCUCUAAUAGAGGCACAUUGAUGGAGCUGGGUAUCUCUCCCAUUGUCACCUCCGGCCUCAUCAUGCAGCUCUUGGCUGGCGCCAAAAUAAUUGAAGUUGGUGACACCCCAAAAGACCGAGCCCUCUUCAAUGGAGCCCAAAAGUUAUUUGGCAUGAUCAUUACCAUUGGCCAGUCUAUUGUGUAUGUGAUGACGGGAAUGUAUGGGGACCCUUCUGAAAUGGGUGCUGGAAUCUGCCUGUUAAUCACCAUUCAGCUCUUUGUUGCUGGCUUAAUUGUCCUACUUUUGGAUGAACUUCUGCAAAAAGGGUAUGGCCUCGGCUCUGGAAUCUCCCUCUUUAUUGCCACUAACAUCUGUGAGACCAUCGUGUGGAAAGCGUUCAGCCCCACCACUGUCAACACUGGCCGAGGGAUGGAGUUUGAAGGUGCCAUCAUUGCACUGUUUCAUCUUCUGGCCACACGGACUGACAAGGUCCGAGCCCUUCGAGAGGCCUUCUACCGCCAGAACCUCCCCAACCUCAUGAAUCUGAUUGCCACCAUCUUUGUCUUUGCAGUGGUCAUCUAUUUCCAGGGCUUCCGAGUGGACCUGCCCAUCAAAUCGGCUCGUUACCGAGGCCAGUACAACACCUACCCUAUCAAGCUUUUCUACACCUCCAACAUCCCCAUCAUCCUGCAGUCUGCCCUGGUGUCCAACCUAUACGUCAUCUCCCAGAUGUUGUCAGCCCGCUUCAGUGGCAACCUGCUGGUCAGCCUGCUGGGCACCUGGUCUGAUACAUCUUCUGGGGGCCCAGCACGUGCUUAUCCAGUUGGUGGCCUUUGCUAUUACCUGUCCCCUCCAGAAUCUUUUGGCUCCGUGUUAGAAGACCCCGUCCAUGCCGUUGUAUACAUAGUGUUCAUGCUGGGCUCGUGUGCAUUCUUCUCCAAAACAUGGAUCGAGGUCUCAGGCUCCUCUGCCAAAGAUGUUGCAAAGCAGCUGAAGGAGCAGCAGAUGGUGAUGAGGGGCCACCGAGAGACUUCCAUGGUCCAUGAGCUCAAUCGGUACAUCCCCACUGCUGCUGCUUUUGGGGGGCUGUGUAUUGGGGCCCUCUCCGUCCUGGCUGACUUCCUGGGUGCCAUCGGAUCUGGAACUGGGAUCCUGCUCGCGGUCACAAUCAUCUACCAGUACUUUGAAAUCUUUGUAAAGGAGCAGAGCGAGGUUGGCAGCAUGGGGGCCCUUCUGUUCUGAGCCAUGUCUCCCCUGGACCAGGAAGAGGAGCCAUGCUCUGGAGUUGCCAAGGAAAGGAGCAACGAAUCCAGCACGGGGUACUGCUAUGGCAUGUGGACCUUUAAUUUUUUUUUUUAAUUUCAUGUUCUUUCAUUCCACUUUGUAAAGUGCUAGAAAUUUCCAAUUUGAAAUUUUGCUUUCUAUUCUGGCAUUGGCAAAAUAACCAUAGAAGUGAGGUUUUAUUCACCUGAUGGCCAGAGGUUGGGAGGAUAAAUGACUGUACUCAUGUGUC